GAAGCAGCACAAGGGAGAAGCACUCAGUCUGGACUGAUGAUUGUGGCGGCAGCUCUCUAUGUCCUGCUAACACUGAUCAACGUGAAAGCUGAAUUUCACACUUCACGCCUGUCUGUGGAGGAAGGAAAAGCCGUCACCUUGAGAUGUGCGUUUCCGGGGGGCAAUGGUUCAGGCAUACAGUGGGUGACCCCGAGGGGCUAUACCAGUUACUUUAAUGGGGAGAAAGUUUUAAAAGACAGAAGAUACCAGUUACUACAAUCCUCAGGGAAUAAGCUGAUUAUCCGUCUGUCCAAUGUAACGAGGGCGGAUGAGGGGGUGUACUCCUGCCUGUAUUACAGCUCCCCCAUGCAGACCAAGAAAGUCCGGGUCUCAGUGUUGGCUGUGCCAUCUCCACCUUCCUUAAAAGUCAUCAGAAUCCCUGGGAAAGGCCUGAAGGAGAAAUAUAAUCUUACCUGCAUGACAUCAGGCAGCCACCCCUGCCCGAAACUCACCUGGCUGAUCGACGACCACACAGAAGUGUUUGGUCAUCAAAAUCUCAAGCUGCAGACUGAUGGCCGGUGCACAGCGAUCAGCACCUUCAGGGUCAGUAUGGCGUCACAUACAUCGAGGGCCAGGUGUGUAGUGAGGCACAGGACGCUGAUUCCAGGAAAUCUCACAGCAUCCUACAGCUUCCAUACAUUAUCAACAGUCACAGAAUCACAGAUCAAUGAAAACACCCAUCACCAUCCAUCAGGUGCUGUAAUAUCGACUACAUCUGUAGAGGAAUACACAACACACAAUGUGAAGACAUCAGGAAUAAAGAGGGAAGAUGAAACAAGAGUACAAGUAACGUCCUCAUCAAUUCUUGAUACAACUGAUGUAAUCCUGACAAGUGCGAGCAAUGAAGAAGUGUCAUCGACUGGAAACCUUACAGCUGCUGAAAACACAGAGGAGAACACAACGGACAGAGUCAAUGGAAGUGUAACUGCAGAAAUUGUGACACUUACUUCAUUCCCUGAGGAAAACUCCUCGCUGGUUAUUGAUGUCACCAUAACAGGAAUUUCUAAUAACGUCACAGACUAUGAUAUGGAAUCUUUCAAGAGGGAAUCUUACCGCUCCCUCAUCCUGGCACUAGUAUCUGUCAUGCUUUUCGUGUUCCUGGUCAUUGUGUAUCUGUUCGUCCUAAAGCUGAGAAAAGCCCAUUACUCCUGGAAGAAAGAAAAUGAGACAUCGGAUCAGACACUGGAGAGCACGAAAUCCCGGUCUAAUAAUGAGGAGACAACCGCCCCUGCUGCGCCAGGUCAGGACCGGGUUCUGGUUACUGUGAAUGCCAACCACAAAGUCCCCGGAAUCCAGUACAACAGCCAGGUGCCUCUGUGAGGCCGCCAGGACCCUGCACCCCCGCCUCUAUUCUGUACAGUUACGGUCUAUGUCUUCUAUAUGUUACGUAAUGAUAAUAAAGUA